CGGCCCAGUAAUCGGUUGUCCGCCCUGCAGCAGACAGCCAGAGCGUGCCGCGCUGCCCACCGGACGAGAAGGGAGACGGGAUGCUGCGAUCCGCCGCGUGUCUGCUGCUGCUGGUGGCCGCCUGCGUGGCCGAGGAAGUCACCUUCCGGAACUGCAACGAGAAAGGGCUGGAUGACGUGGGCACGUCGCGCAACUGCAGCAUCCACCGGGUAACGGUGACCCCGUGCAGGGAGGCGGCCCAGAACAAACCCUGCAGGCUGCUCAAGGCCCGCAGCGCCGGCAUCUCCUUCACCUACACUCCAGACGAGAGCGCGGACGAGCUGGUGAGUGUGGCUUCCUGGAAGGGUCCCCUCAUGAACGCCAAGUUCGAGGGCAUGGACACGGACGCCUGCCACUUCACCAGCUGCCCGGUCACCGGGGGCCAGGCCAGCAACUACACCUUCAACCUCACCCUGGGCCGCCGGAUACCCACGAGAGAAUACGAUGUGAUGUGGAAGCUGUGGAACAAGGGUGAGGAGCGGAAGUUCGAGUGCUGCUUCCUGAUCACCAUCAAAAUCAGCGGCUCCAGAAGCUAGAAGGCGCCUGGCCAACGCCUGGCGCUCGCCACGGCCUUCAGCACGUGCUCCUCUGCGAAGAGUCUGUCUGCCAGAGAGCAGACAUUCAGUUACAGUCUGACAGUGCCGUUACCCCGGCAGCUGUGUAAAUUUCUUAUUGUAAAAAAUAAAAUGGAGAUUUGGAAAUAAACUAUGCCUUUAGGCUUUAACAGCUUGGGCUGUGUUACUUUUA